AUGAAUCAGGUUGAUGAUUAUGAGUACUUUUGUCAUAGUUGUGAGGAUGUGAAACGAACUAGCGAUAUCGAGAUUAUAUACGACGGGGAGAUAAAAUGUAAAAGCUGCAAUCACGUGGGAUUUGUGGAGAAAAUUGACGAAGAUGACCCCUUGAGUUUUCAUUCGAUUAAUUCUAAUAGGGAGAGACGGAAUACGAACGAAGAAGGUGGUGGUGCUAGGGCCGAUUAUGCAAACAAUGUACACACUCCUUACGGGAAUGAUAGUCGUGGUGGGAGAGGCUCCUCCACGGAGGGAAGUGGAAACAACCGUGAGAGCAGUAGACAGGGAAACCGAAGCGGCAACAGCGGCUUCUUCGGAACGAGUGAAAACUUUUUUAACGAUUUGAUGAUGUUCCGAAAUGUGUACCAGCAGAUGUUCAACACGAAUUUGAGACCCGCGGACGCGGACAUCCAUUUUACCGCCAACUUUGGUGCCCCCGCUGGGGAGGGAGGAAUGCCCCAUAGUGCACCUCGGAAUGAUGCGCAGGGUAGGGUCUUCUUUGGCAGGAACUACAUAAACAACAAUGGCGCCGCGGACAGUGAAGGUGGGGGUGUCGGGCUGGGCGGAUUUGGCGGACUGGGGGGAUUUGGUGGGUUGGGCGGAUUGGGCGGGUUUACCGGAGUUAGCGGCGCCGGAGGGGUUGGCCGGGUCAGUGACAGCGUCAAUGGGAGCAAUGUAAAUGUCAGCGGGAUGAACAGCACUAGCGUUAAUACCGACAGCGUGAAUGGCAGCACCGCGAAUGCCAGCGGCGGACCCGGCAGGAAUGCCAGGAGUCCAAGAAUUAUCACGAGAGCAAUUGACAUUACGAACAUCCCCCUGAACUCGCCAAUCAGAUUAAACUUCCACGACCUAAUAGACAACAUUUUAACCAACUCAUUUGACAACAUUUCUCUAGACCAAGUGUUAACAAUAAUCAUGGAGAGUGACCCAUCUAGAAAUGGACCCCCUCCAGCGUCGGAAGCAGUUAUAAAAAAUCUGAAAGUGGAAGUGUUAACCAAGGACAGAGCAGAAGAGUUAGAAUCAUGUGCCAUAUGUAGAGAAGAAUAUAAAGAAAAUGAUGAGGUCCAUAGGGUAACAGAUAAUGAGCGUUGUCGUCAUGUUUUUCAUUGUUCGUGUAUCAUUCCCUGGUUGAAAGAAAGAAACUCUUGUCCCACUUGCCGCUUUGAGCUUCCCACGGAUGAUCAUGAAUACAACUGUAAGAGGGAGGAACUACGGGAAAGAAUAAACUCCGAAAUCUCUCGCAAUAAUACGUUUAGCAAUUCUAACGGUGUUAACAUGGAUAGUACUUCAUUGAGUAACAGUGGGGUUGGGAGAGGUGACGUCGGUGGAGGGAGUAAUGAUUCUUCACAGGGGAACAACGAGGGUGCACCGGGGACGGAGAAAUCUCCUGGUCGGAAUGUCGCCUCGUCGGCAAAUAGACACGACGGCACCGUUACGCAGGUUAGCGGUACAAGUGGGCAGGCCACUUCUACUACUGCGCAGGGUAGUGGUACCACUACUCAGGCUACUCCUACUACUGCGCCGCAACAUGUCACUUCCGCGCAAGUGAAUAGUCCGUCAACACAGCAGAUCGGCGGCGCAGAGGAAGGAGGGGGGAGGUACAUUCCCAUCACUGAAGAAUACGACAUCAACAUGGUUGAAGGGUUUGCCUCUGCACAGACGCAGAGCAUUAUACAAAAUAUUUUUAAUACGUUUAUCCUUGGAAAUAACGACACGAAUAGGCGAAGCGGGUUUGUCUCUGCUCCGCAAGUAUUUUCCAUAAGCAGCAACAGGACUGGUGAUAGCCGGAAUGGACAUGACAGAGGUCAUGAGAGAGGUGGGGAAGGUCCUGUGGAGGGGCCCACUGGGGAAGGAAACGCAUCGAACAGGAACGAGGAGAACCGUGCUGAGGAGGGAAACAGCACCAGUAGUAAUAAUAAUUCGAGUGAAAAUAGAAGCUAUGGAAGCACAAACCACAACGAUGCAAGAGGAGGAGUUAACACCAACGGGUUACGUGUAAGGAGUAGGGUUUACGAAGCCGUACCCAGCGGAAUGAACGAAACAGAUAAUAUGUUCGACCCAUCUACGAUGUUUGAUGCUGAUAACAGUUUGGACAUUGGACAAGGGAUCAUCACAGAUAACAUGGGAGAUCAAACAUUGGGGGUCAUCAGAUCGAUGAAGAUUACCAGGACGAGCGAUUAUGAACCUACGGCGAGGGCCGAUCAGGCCAAUCCAUUUGACUUGACAGUCGACGGAUUUGAGACCUCUGCUUUUAUGAAUGCUGCACAUGCGUAUGUGACCAAUAGGAGAGAUGAUUCCCACCGACAGGGAGGCGGAUUCGUGGAUGGCGUGUUUAGAGAAGACGGAUUAAGGGAGGGAGGCCUAGAUCCAGGGGGUCCCCUUUCUCAAGGUGCACCUAGAAAUAUGAAUAAAAGUUGCAACGUGCAGAAGGAUGAGGGGCCUCCCACGAGCAUCACUGACGUGAAUGAUGCUCAUCGGACGAAUACUUACAGCUGUAAUGAUAAGCAGAAGGAAGAUCCCAGGAGAGAUGCCAUACAUCCGGAUUCGUGUCCCAAAAGUGAUGAUUGUUCUAGGAGCCCCAGUGCAAAGGGCAGCAGUAGCAGUAACCCCAAGGAGAAGCAAGGGGGAAGCGUUAGCAGUGCGUCGAAGAAAAACGAAAAGAGGAUUUACGAAAAAGUCAGCUCAGCGUAUAGUAACGGAAGCAACAGCAACAAGAGCUCUGGGCAAUGCAAGGAGAGUGACAUCGAAAAGGAAAAUAUGCGGAAGAAGUCGAGGAACAGCCAGCAUGUGGAUGGGCACAAUAGUUUGAGCUCUUGUAACGGCGUUGAGGAGGCCAAUGGCGGAGGUUCGCCGAGGUCGUUUGCAGUGGGGGAAGGGGCGGGGCAAGCGGCAGGGAUAGAAGAAGAAGCUGCAGAAGACGUAGCGGACGCCAGAAAUGGUCAGAAGAAACAAAGCACAGUGAAAAAGUACCUGUUCGAUAGACUGCAUUGGCUAAAAGGUUACGAUGGAAAGGAUAAGAAGAGGAGCGAAAAGGGGCCUGACGCAAGUGAGGGCGUCGCUUUAGAGGAAGACAAGGAGGAUGUGGCGAAUGUGACGAGCGGUGAGAGCGAGUCGAAUGCCCGUGAAGGGGGGGAGCAACCAAAAGUGCAUCCCACGCGGAAUUCACAAGAAUCAAUGAGCGAAACAGGGCCAAUUCUCUAA